GUGUUGACUUACAGAUAUUAGCUUGAGGUUCCAUUAUAAAUUACUGUAUGGCAUCGCUAACGUUGGGCCAUUGAAAUGAAUUAACAACUAUUAUUCCACAUCUCAAUGGUGAGGGGUCGCGAAUUCAGUGGGCUAACUAAAAACACAACGCAAAAAUGGUUAAUUAAAUUGUAAUAACGUAAAAGGCAUGCUGUUUUCUUAACGCAACUGUUCAAUUACCAAUAAAAAUUGUCAGAAUUUAAUAAGUAGCCUAGAAGUUAACGGCUGCCAACGUAUGAAGGUACGUAACAGUUUCAAUUUAGUGCGGCUUGUAACCAAUUGUGUCAUGCACAGAAGUUUGCUUUCAAACCGUGUUAAAAUUUAAAUCCGUAUACUAAUUAAUAGCCUUUGAUGUUUCCUUACCACAGGUUCAAUUUGUUUAGUAAAUUAACCUAACAAAAUCAAUAACUCCUUAUGUUAUCUAAAACCGUCGAGUAUACACCUUUUGCUAAAUCGCAAUGGAAGGCGAGACAUACUGUAACAAUAGUAUGGGAUUUGUAGCCGUUCGGAGUUGAAAACCUCAAACAAAACAACAAUAUUUACGUUUAUUAUUCUGCACAGUACAGAACAAGCUUUACGAGAGUCCCAAUUCCUGCGAAAUAUGAGAGCUUACACAGCUGGUAUUAUACAAGAAUCAUGAAAGGGAAAAGCUCUUGAAUUCAAAGGUUGAUACGUCAGUAGUUUCACAACAUGCAUUGGUGUAAGGAUCUCUCAUACGGUUCAAAAAUAUCCGAUUCGAUUCUUUGGAAAAAAAUUUACAGAAACUUGAGAGCAUUCGAGACAGAAUUGUUUAGAAGCUUUUGAUAGAUAGUUUUGCAAACAGCGCGACGCAUACUUUUUUAACAAAAAAUAAAAGGAAAUGAAUUGUUAUUGGUCACAUCUAAAAUGAAGUUGUUGCCACGAGAGCAUUAUUUAUUUAUUUAAAAGAAGAGGUUCGUUUCAGGAUAGGCAACAUUUUGAAAGCGAAUACGACUAUUUUAUAGUAGAUUAUUUUAUCGGUAUAGGAGGGCUUCGUCUGCAUUUACCUUACCUUUAGUUAGAACAAGUGUUUAUUGGUGAAACCUUUAAUUCCAUCUAACUGCAUCACGAUUUAUUUAAUAUGAUUACGCUACCUUUUUACUUUAGCCAAUGAAUUUCCAAUUUGGGAAUAUCAAUGGCAGAUCUCUCUUGAGUAAGGUGGAAAAUGUGAAAAAUUUACUUUAUAUGAUUGAUUAUGAUUUCAUGGGCAUCUCCGAGUACGCCCCUUGGACUGCUUGGGAUUGAUGAUUCUUGCAUAUACCAAGAGCUUGAUGUGAUCAUUCCGGCACCGAUUUCCCGGCGACCAUUUACUUCCCGGCUUCGGUUAUCCCUGCCAUCUAAACCCGACGAUGGGUAAUCCCGGCUUCGGUCGUCCCAGCAAUUUGAACUCUGAGAUCGGGGGGAUGGAAAACAUUUAAGACGAGAUUCCACACGAUUGCUUGAAUUAACAGGAUGUAACAAACAUCACAUUUUGGCGACGAGAAUUAAUAACAUUUGUAUACGUUUUUCCUGUGUGAGAUGAGAAUCCAUAAUGGAGUUCCUAACAGCACCAGUCCCAAUUUUUAACAUGCAAGAUGAUGCAAGCAGCAUGGGCAGCCGGUGGGAAAAAUGGUUGAACAGAUUCGAGAACUAUUUGUUAGCAGCCGGGAUCGAUAAUGAGGAAAGGCAGAAGGCAAUGUUGUUGCAUUACGCAGGUGAGCAAGUGCAUGAUUUAUUCCUAACACUCCCAGAUAUAACCGUAAAUCCUACCGAAACUCCAGCUCCUUCAGCAUACCUUGUAGCAAAACGCAAACUAAACAAAUAUUUUCACCCUAAAGUAAACAGAGAAUUCGAAAUAUUUAAUUUUCGGCAAUGUAAACAAGAGGAAAACGAGGUUAUUGAUACAUUCUACACAAGAUUGUUAAAAUUAUCAAAAACCUGUAGUUUCACCAACACCAACGAAGAAAUAAAAUCACAAAUAAUCAUGAAGACGAAGUACACUCAACUUAGAAAAUAUGGUCUAACCGAACAACCAAGUCUAGACGAUUUGUUAGCGAGAGGUCGAACAAUCGAAGCAACAAGAAAACAAUUAGCAGCCAUCGAAGAUGAACACAAACAAAUAGAAAAAUGCAAUCGCAUGCACCAAAAUAAAAACAGAAGCAACACGAGUCAGAAAAACAGAAAUCCGGAUCAAAACAGAGAUCAUCAGAUACAAUCAAAAUGUAAGAACUGUGGAGGAACCUGGCACACAAACGGAAGACAAAGUUGCCCAGCAUACCAGCUUAAUUGUAGGUCUUGUGGGAAAAUAGGGCAUUUCGCAAAAGUUUGCAUGUCAAAAGGAAACCAAAGACCACAACACAACACGAGAAACUCAAGAACACACACUCAAAGAGCAAGAGUGAAUUUCAAUGAAACCCAAAACCAAGAAGAGUUCAACAGUGACCACUCAGAGACAUCAUUCCAGAUCACAACAAUACAAAAGGUAAAUAAAGUCAAUCUUCCGACAACGCAAGUAAAGCUAAAUGGUACAUCGGUUGAUUUCAUCAUUGACACGGGAUCUUCUAUCAACUUAAUCAAUGCCGAAACUUACAAAAACUUAGGCAUACACAAAUUGUUACCAGAUAAUACAACCAUCCUGCCAUACAACACAAUGAAGCGACUUGAACUUGUAGGAAAAUUCAAGGGUAAAUUCGUACACAACAAAAGCGAAACAGAAGCAGAUGUAUAUGUAGUUCAAGGAGAUGGAGAAGCAUUACUCAGUUAUGAGACAUCUGUGAAGCUGAACCUCAUACACGUUUCACUUAAUAACAAAACAAUCUCGGAAAUCAGUUUGAGCGAAUACCCAAACCUAACCAAAGGUAUAGGAAACCUUAAACAUGUAAAAGUGAUGCUACACAUCGAUGAAACUAUAACACCCGUAGCUCACAAACACAGGAGGAUUCCCAUACAUUUAAGGAAAGCCGUCGAAGCAGAGCUUAAACGUCUGGAACAACAAGAUAUAAUUGAAAAGGCAACAGGUCCCACACCAUGGGUAUCUCCGAUCGUAAUAAUACCCAGGACUAGCAACCCAAACCAAAUCAGGCUGUGCGUAGACAUGCGUGAAGCAAACAAGGCGAUCAAACGAGAACGACAUCCAACACCAACUAUAGAUGACAUACUAUCGGAGCUAAACGGAGCAACAACAUUUUCCAAGAUUGACCUAAAAGAUGGGUAUCACCAACUAACACUUCACGAAAAUUCAAGAUACAUCACAGUCUUCUCAACACAUGCAGGACUGUACCGAUAUAAACGUUUAAGCUUCGGAAUCAACUCUGCAGCUGAAAUCUUCCAAAAUAUAAUACGUCAGACCCUUAUCAACAUUCAAGGAGUUAUAAAUGUCAGUGACGACAUAUUGAUAUAUGGAAAAUCAAAGGAAAAACAUGAUCAAGCAUUACGAAUAGUACUAGAACGUCUAAAUGCGAACAAUUUAACUAUUAAUUUGCGGAAAUGUGUUCUGAACAAGGACAAAAUAAAAUUCUUUGGUUACGUAUUUUCGAAAGAUGGCGUACAUCCAGACCCUGAAAAGAUAAAAUCCGUUGUAAACUUAGAAACCCCUACGAAUGUACACGAAGUUCGUAGUUUAUUAGGAAUUCUAAAUUACGUAGGAAAAUUUCUACCUAAUUUGGCAACAAACACACAAGUGCUAAGAGAAUUAACAAAUAAGAGAAAAAAGUGGGAGUGGAGCGAUGCACAUGAAAAAGCCUUCAAAUUUUUAAAGAAGCAACUAAGUAAUGCACAAAAAUUAGCCUAUUUUGAUGUUAACAAAAAUACUCACCUUUAUGUAGAUGCAGGACCAAUAGGACUUGGAGCGAUAUUAUCGCAAGAAGCAAACAACAAAACUGAAAUAAUAGCUUAUGCAAGUCGGACGUUAACACAAGUAGAACAGCGCUAUAGUCAGAUAGAGAAGGAAACUCUAGCAGCAACAUGGGCAAUACAGCAUUUUCACAUCUAUCUAUAUGGAACAACAUUUACUCUACACACUGACCAUAAACCCCUUCUCAGCAUUCUAAGUAAUCCACAAUCAUCUCCAAGCGCAAGAAUUGAACGUUUGUGCCUAAGGACGCAGCCCUAUCAAUUCAAAAUAGUACACCAACCUGGAGUAUCAAACCCAUCAGAUUAUUUAUCGAGACAUCCUACCACAGACGAAGGGAUAAACAAAAAUGACAAAAUAGAAGAAUAUGUCUACUUCAUUGCACAAAACAGUAUGCCGAAAACAAUGACUGUCGAAGAAGUUAGGCAAAAAACCCAAGAAGAUGCACUUUUGAACAAAUUAAAAGAAGCGCUACAGAAUAACGACUACAAACUAUGGGAAAACCCACAACUAAAACCGUACAAAUCUAUAAAAGAAGAAUUAACAAUUUACCAAGGAGUAGUACUAAGAAAAAAUCGAAUCUUAAUUCCAACAUCCAUGCAAGAAAGAGUUAUACAACUGGCACAUAAAGGACAUCUAGGAAUUGUAAAAACAAAACAGUUGUUACGCACUAAAGUAUGGUUUGCCAACAUGAACGAAAUGGUUGACAAAUAUGUCAAAAGCUGCCAUGCUUGCCAAGCGGUAACACCUUUCAAACAAAGAAAUCCACUUGAGACAACUGAAAUGGCUAGUCACGCAUUUGGAAGCGUUGAUGUUGACUACGCAGGACCAUUUCCAAAUGGUAAAUAUGCUUUCUUACUAAUAGAUGAAUAUAGUCGAUUCCCAAUUGUUGAAAUAAUUCCAUCAACAAAUUUCAAACAUUUGAAAGCAAUUUUGGACAAAACUUUCGCCAUAUUUGGAAUCCGGCAGAAACUCAAAUCAGAUAAUGGACCCCCAUUCAACGGGAAAGAGUUGAAAAGUUACUUAAGUUCAAUGCACAUAAAGCAUCACCCGAUAACACCGUAUUGGCCAGAAGCAAAUGGAGUAGCCGAAAGAUUUGUCAAAACACUCAAAAAGUCUCUCCUAUGCGCAUUCUUGGAAACACAUGACAUGGAAGCUCAAUUGCAAGAAUUUUUGAUCAACUACAGAAGCUCACCACAUCAAACAACAGAGAAAUCACCAUACGAACUCAUUUUCAACAGAGAAGUCAAUACAUUCUUACCAUCUAUAAUACAAACCGGAAACUCAAACUACAAUCCGUCAAUUGAACAUACAAAGAGGGAAACACGAAACAAUAAAGCAAACAUAAAACGUAGAACAAAGCCACACACUUUUACAUUAGGAGAUAAAGUUCUAUGUAAACAAAUUAAACACAACUCACUAACACCGUAUUAUGACCCCUAUCCAUGGAAAAUAACCAGAAUCACAGGUGCUCAAAUCGAGGGAGAAAGAGAAGGAAGGAAGAUAAUCAGAAAUUCAUCUUUCUUUAAAUCAUUCAUACCAAGAACAAAUCCUUCAAACCCUAAUAGUCCUUCUUUAAUCACUUCACCCAAUCCCAAUGAAUCAGACACUCUCACAAACACAAGCCUAACAAAAACUACAAAAAUAUAUGAGACGCCACCAAAUGGAACCAUCCAGGAGCAAGAGACCAGUGAAAAUUCAAUGUCAACCGGAACAAUGAGAACCAGACCAUCCAUAGCCCCAAGUAAUCGGACUCCAACACCAAUCGUGACACCAUCGACAUCAGGUCAUGAAGCCCAAGACAUUCGACACCCCGAAGCAAGCCCACCAUCGUUUUCUAACAGACCCAAGCGGCAAACAAAGACUCCCGGACACUUUAAAGACUAUGUAGUGACUAAAUAUUAAUCGAACACUCUUAUGUCCUUAGUUCAGUAACAUGUUAAUUAGUUAUAACAUUUUAAGUUGUAUUUUGAAUGUUUUAAUGUUAUCACAUAAUUAGAACUUGGGAGGAAUGUAGUGUCCCAGCUUUAGAUAGACAAAGAGUGUGGACUCAGCUUUAGAACGGGAACGGUAAUGGCCGACAAUAAAGAGUGACUGUCUUUUUAUUUUAGAUUCCACACGAUUGCUUGAAUUAACAGGAUGUAACAAACAUCACACUAACGAAUUCAACAAAUAUUUUUUAACGGUAGUUGAUAGUUUAGUCGGUAACUUGAGAAUACCACAAAUCCAUGGAACAUUACCUUAUAAAAACUUAUACAACCAACACGGUGAAUUACGGUCCAUGUUUAAGGUAAGUGUAUAUUUUCUAAAAUAUCUGAAGUUUUGUUACACUUAAUAAACUUGAGUUUUCAAACAGGGAUUUUUCCUUCUAAAUUAAAAGCCGCAGUGGUAAUCCCUAUACAUAAGAAAGGUCCGAAAACUCAAUGUAAUAACUACCGAUCCAUUUCAUUAGUGUCUACAUUUUCAAAAAUUAUAGAGAAAAUUAUGAAAUCUAAAUUAUUAAAAUUUUUUGACUUAACGGGAUUUUUUAGUAAGAACCAACAUGGCUUUAGGGAAGGGGUAAAUACUGAAACAACCUUGCUUAACUUUAUGGGCAUGGUUUGUGAUGGUCUUAACCAGGGGAAACGUGCCAGUGGCCUAUUUUUAGAUAUAAAGAAGGCCUUUGACACGGUCGACCAUGGGAUACUGUUAAGUAUACUGUAUAAAUGUGGAGUAAGGGGAGUUGUUUUGAAGUGGUUUUGUGAUUAUCUCACUUAUAGAACACAGCGUGUUAAAAUAAAUGGAGUUCUUAGUGAUAUCGGUAUAAUCAAAUGUGGGGUACCGCAAGGGUCAGUUCUGGGCCCCACAUUGUUCUUAGUAUACAUAAACGAUCUUUGUAAUGCCCGCCUGCAAGGCACAGUUACGUCAUUUGCGGAUGAUACGGCUUUAUGUUACAUUGCUAAUAACUUCCUAGAUAUAGAGAGGGCCAUCAAUAGUGACCUCAUGGCACUGCAGUGGUGGUUUACGCAGAAUAAAAUGGUCCUGAGUCCAGAAACAACUAACUAUAUAAAUUUUAGCCUUAAAGAUCCCGUCAGUUUUAGUGCUCCAUUAGUAUAUAAGUGUAUAGACUGUUCAUGUGAAAAUUCUACUUGUACUAUAGACUGUGUGGAGAUUAAAAGCUGUAAUUCUGUGAAAUACUUAGGUCUGAUUUUGGAUUGUGAAGUAAGUUGGAAAUUACACAUAAAGUAUCUCAAAUCCAAAUUAAGUAGUAUCCUAAGGAUCUUUUAUUUUUUAAGGAAAAUGUGCGUAUACUAAGACUACUUUAUUUUGCUCUAGUACAUAGUCGAUUGGAUUAUGGAAUAUCGUGUUGGGGAGGGACCUAUAAGACCAAUUUAAGCACUGUCAUAAAACUUCAAAAGCAGUUCAUCAGAAUUACCCUAAAUAAGAGAAAAACAGAUCCGUCAUAUCCUCUAUUUCUAAGCCUUAAAGUCCUACCCUUAAGAACAAUGUUUGUUUACAUAGUUUUAAAACUUUUUUAUGCAUUUAGUGGGAAUUUACCCGAUAUCGAUGUACAUAAUUAUCGAAGAAAGUUACGUAGUAAAUCUCAAUUUGUUGUUCCUAAGCCUAACCUAACUCAUUUUACUAAAACAUUUCACUUUUUAGCACCAAGAAUUUUCAAUAAAAUUCCUAAUAUCAUAAAGUGUUUGAAAUCCAAACCGGUUUUUCUUUCACGGAUAAUGCGAUGGCUGCUAUCGUUCCCAGAUGUUGAAUUUUUAAUUGAAGUACGGGGGUAGGUAGCUAGUAAACCUAGGUGUAUAAGCCAAAUUAUCCACUUCUACAAUACGGCAUAUUUAGAAAUGUAACUUACUUAUAAAUAAUUCUUAAUUCUAGUACUUUGGUAUAUAUAUUGUGAUAUACAAAAAAUUAUGUUUUGUUCAAUGGUCUGGUUUUAUUCUGACCGCAGGCUUACUGUUUUCAUUUUUAGUUUAAGUGCGUGAGGGUGUCCACAGGCUUGCCUUAGA